UCACAUAUUUUAAUCCUUCAUAAAGAAUCCACUAAAUCUACCAAACUGACAUCAACAGAAAUACCAACCUGAAUCUUGUACAUUGAGUUCAUGAUGCAUCAACACAUAAAGACACAUUUCAUGUGAAACAAUCAAAAAGGUUUUUCUUAAACACUACCACUAAUAAAAUGAAAGUAACACCAUUCCCUUUUACUUAAGUGACCACCAAACCAGACCAAACCAAACCAAAUUCAUCUUCAUGUACUGUUUCUUUUCUUCAUUCAUUAUUCCCAAAAUAGUUUAGUUGUCAAUUAAUUUUUUCAAAACUCUUCAGUUUCUAGUUUCUCUUCAUUCAUUAUUCUUCAAAACUUCUCAAAAACCAUAACUUUCUUCUUCCAUGAAGACUCAAAAGUUGAUUAAACUCUCCAUUCUUCUAAUUUUCAUUCCAUUUUCAUUAUCUUCAUUCAUUCCUAUAAAUAACUUUCUUCUCAAUUGUGGAUCAAACACAAAUGCUUCCAUUUUCAAUAGACUUUUCAUUGGUGAUUCUACUAAACAAGAUUCAAUUUUUCUCUCUUCACACAAAUCAAUUUCACUCACCAACCAAAACCCAUCUUCAAAUUUACCUACUUUGUAUCAAACAGCAAGAAUUUUCACCAACAAUGGAGGAACCUACAAAUUCAUCUUGAGAAAAAAUGGUACCCUUUUUGCUCGUUUUCAUUUCUCAUCUUUUAAGGGUCAUGGUUUUGAUCUUAAAGAUGCAAACUUUAGUGUUUUUGUUGGUGGAAAAUUGGUUUUAAGAAACUUCAAUUUCCAUUUCAAGAUUAGUAGUAAUAAUAAUAAUGAUGAUGAUGAUGUAAUUAUUAAAGAGUUUAUUUUGAAAGUGGUGUCAAAUUUUGUUGAAAUUGUGUUUAGACCUGUUAAUGAUUCUUGUUUUGGAUUUGUUAAUGCUAUUGAAGUGUUUUCUGUUCCUGAAGAUUUUGUUGUUGAUUAUGGAGCUAGGUUUAUUGGUCCUUAUGGUGUUGUUGAGUAUAAGAAUCUUUCUAAUCAAGUUUUAGAAACUAUUCAUAGGAUUAAUGUUGGAGGAUUGAAAUUAACACCUUUUAACGAUACCCUUUGGAGGACUUGGAUUCCUGAUAAGGAAUUUUUGGUUUUUAAGGAUUCGGUUAAGACGGUAGUGAGCACUCACACACCGAAUUAUCAGAAAGGAGGCGCGACUCGAGAGAUCGUGCCCGAUAAUGUUUACAUGACUGCUCAAGAGAUGAAUAGGAAUCAAUCCAUUUUAGCUUCAAAAUUUAACAUAACAUGGAAUUUUCCUGUGGAAAAUGGUGGUGUUCGACAUUUAGUUCGGUUGCAUUUCUGCGAUAUUGUUAGUCCUUCGCUUAAUUUGCUCUACUUUAAUGUUUAUAUCAACAGAUAUUCUGCGUAUAAGGACGUUGAUUUGUCGUCCCUUACAUUCCAUACGCUUGCUUCUCCAAUCUAUGUUGAUUUCGUUGUAGAUUCUAAUGAUUCGGGUGUCAUUCAAAUAAGUGUUGGCCCUUCUGAUCUUAGUAGUUCUAUGAGGAUAAAUGCUAUACUCAAUGGCGCCGAGAUAAUGAAAUUCGUCAAUGUUACAGAUUUAGAUUCACACGUUUCUUCUCAGAAGACAAGGUUUUUGUUGGUUUUGGUGUGUUCGAUUGUUGGAGGAAUUGUUAUUUUAGUUUUAGUUAUAGCGUUUUUUCUAGUUCGUCUCAGUCGCGGAAAGAAGAAACUGAAACAAAGGACAGUUGAAAGUGUAGGAUGGACGCCUUUAGGCGUGUUCGGAGGAAGUUCGCUUAGUCGAAUGUCUGAAGGAUAUUUUGGAUUGAACAAAAUCCCUUUUGUUGAUAUAAAAUUAGCAACUAACAAUUUUGAUAAAAGUCUAAUUAUAGGAGCUGGUGGAUUUGGUAUGGUUUACAAAGGAGUGUUGAAAGACAAUGUGAAAGUUGCUGUCAAAAGAGGUAUGCCAGGAUCAAGACAAGGUCUACCAGAAUUCCAAAGCGAGAUAACAAUAUUAUCGAAGAUUCGCCAUCGCCAUCUUGUUUCGCUAGUUGGAUUUUGCGAAGAAAAUUCGGAAAUGAUCCUUGUCUAUGAGUAUGUUGAAAAAGGCCCACUCAGAAACCAUUUAUAUGGUUCAGAAGGAUUUGAACCUUUGUCGUGGAAGAGACGUCUCGAGAUAUGCAUCGGUGCUGCUCGAGGUCUACAUUAUCUUCACACUGGUUUUACACAAGGAAUCAUCCAUCGCGACAUUAAAUCGACCAACAUUUUGCUCGACGAAAAUUAUGUUGCUAAGGUUGCUGAUUUUGGUCUUUCAAGAUCCGGACCUUGUAUUGAUGAAACUCAUGUGAGUACAAAUGUCAAAGGUAGUUUUGGUUAUCUCGAUCCGGAGUAUUUUCGCAGGCAACAACUUACUGAUAAAUCAGAUGUUUAUUCGUUCGGAGUUGUGCUAUUCGAAGUUCUUUGUGCUAGACAUGCUGUUGAUCCGCAACUCGAUAGGGAACAAGUGAAUUUAGCAGAAUGGUCGCUUAAAUGGCAGAAAAAAGGUAUGUUAGAGCGUAUCAUCGAUCCUUACCUCGUCGGUAAGAUCAACGAAAGCUCGUUGAAGAAAUUCAGCGAAACAGCUGAGAAAUGUUUGGCUGAAUAUGGUGUUGAUAGACCAAGUAUGGGUGAUGUGUUAUGGAAUUUGGAAUAUUCACUUCAGCUGCAAGAAAGUGAUCAAGAAGUGAAUGAAAUAAUUCAUGAGAAUCGUCCAAGAAGCAUAAGAAUAGAAAGAGAUUAUGACAACAAUAUUUAUUCAGAUAUAAGUGCUACCAAAGUUUUUUCUCAACUAAUGCAUAGAGAAGGAAGAUAGUCAUAGGAACUUAUAUAUUUAUAUUUUUGUCUAUAAAUUUUAUUUUAUUUUGUGGAAUGUAUAGUGAUAAGCAUGGACAUUGAUAGUUUCUUAAAAAGAUUUGGACAAUCUUUUUUUCUUUUUCAUGUUGUGUAACUUUAUCUAACAAAUGUUCAGUAUUUGUAUU